UCAAAAUGGUGACUUAUGUGAAGGGCCUUUAUGCUCUUAAUGAUGCUUUUGCUGAUCCCGUAUCUACCGAGAUUGAGGCAAAAUUUGACUCUUGGAUUGGUGAAGGAUUGCUUAAACAUCCCAGGCAUUAUAAUUGUUAUGAAGACGGCGCAAAGAAAUUUACUCCGGGUUUUAGGCUAGGUGUUGAUUAUGUUGAGGAUAAAACUUGGUUUUACCAUUUGGCCACAUGCGACAUGUUUAUGAACGACUCGCAUAUGAACACCAUAUUCUAUUACCUUCGGAAAAAAGGUAAGUAUUCUUCCGCUGUGACGUUGAAUUUCGCAACUACUGAUUGUCUUUUUGAUGAUUCCAUCCAAGCAUUGUACCACAAUUUUAACAAGGCCAAGUCUAUGAAGACUAAGAUGUCACACAUUCACGCUGCCCACCCAAUUGCGCAUUACAUCCGAGGUAUGCGCAUUCCCUGUUCCAAGCCUUGGUAUGAAGCCGAUCACGUGCUUUUCAUCAUCAAUUUAAGAAGGGAAAGUCAUUGGGUUUUUGGGCGUCUUGACGUGCACGAAAGGACGUUAUUUCUGUACAAUUCUUUGAGAACCGCGAAGAUGAAUGCCGCAGCUAGGAAUGCGAUGAAGGCUUAUUCCGUGUUGCUGCCUUUGUUUUUCGAUUUACUUGGGUUCUGGAAGAAUAGAGCACAAGUUCCUGCCUCAGUUUCUGACCCUACAGCUCCAUUCAGAAUCGUGGAGCUUAGUGGUCUUGCGUCUCAGCAGAAGAAUGAUUGUGGAGCAUAUGUUGCUGCCUUUGCUGAAUUCUUUAUACACGGAAAGGAUGUCCCUGCAGACUUUGACAUCGAAGUUUAUCGAACCCGACUUGCUUCACUUUUCUACUCGUACGGACAAAGGAAAAUUGACGAAAGUAUUGACAGCGAGGAUGAGAAGCAAACCAAGUCUUCUAAGGCAUCUAAAUUGAAGAAAUAGGAACUUUUAAUUUGGUGGCUCUAUUAUGUUAUUUGUUGAAUCUAUUUACUUGACAAGUUUUAGUGUUGUUGUGUGUUUAAAACUAUGUAGCUGGUUUAAAACUUUUAGGAUAUUUGACAUUCACUCCUUAUAAUAUCUUUAUUGUAUAGGUUUGUAUUUCCCAAA